UUUGGCAAUCCUCAGCUUCUGCAUGAAGAGACUGAGUUCAGGAGCCAUCAUGUUAUCACGAACACAGAGGAUGUGACCAUGACGAGCGAGGGCGUGAGCGCGUCGCCGCCGCGCGAUGGCGUCGGGCACGGCACUCUGCAGGUGACCAUCAGCGAGCCCCUCAGCCCCCUCAAGCCCCUGCGGAAGAAGGACUCGGGCUCCCCUGAGCUGAGGAGCAGCAGUCCCCUGGGCCUGCACAAGCUCGGGAAGAAGGACCGAGUCGGGGGCUCCUUCGCCAAGGCCUUCAGGAAGGUCUUCAGGAGCCGCACGCCCUCCCCGAGCACCGAGGACCGGGAGGAGGACGGCGGCUCGGAGGUGGGAGAGGAGUUCAAGUGCGACCUGUCGAGCGACUCCGACGGCCAUGACAGCCACCGCCUCCUCCUGCGGUCCCCGCGGGCAACCGAGAGCCAGGACUCGGUGGAGAGGCACGACCUGGCCGGCAUGCUGCUCAACAGCCAUGCCGUCACGACCUCCAACGAGGAGUUCAUGUGCGAGUCGCCCAAGGAGUUUCUGUCGGUGAACAGCCCGGUCAUGGGGAAGUCGCAGACGUAUUCCGUGCUGUCCGAGGCGCUGCACCAUGCCUUCGUGGAGGGCAUGAUAUGCACGGGGACGGAGGACAUCAGCGUGGUGACCUCCAGCGAGGAGCUGCAGUGCCAGGGCAGCAAGAGCGAGAACGACACGGAGCACAGUCGCUCCAUCGACUACUCCUUCUCGUCCACGAAGACGUGCAGCUACAUUUCCUCCGAGGAGUACGACGUGCACAGGAGGGAUUCCGAGGCGCCCCUGACCAAGCGCUCCCUGCUGGUGCCCUCGGUGUCCCUCCGCUCGAGCAGCUACUCGGACCACUCCGACGGCGGCACCGACGACGACAGCAGCUCGCAGCACAGUCGGGACGAGCGGCAGGACUCGGCCUCGCUGCCCCACUCCGACCACAAGCUCUUCUUCGGCCACUUCUUCUCGUCGUCGCGCCGCUCCUCCAUGGUGCCUCACGCGGAGGAGCACAAGGCGGAGGCCGCAGGCCAGGCGAAGCACAAAGACAAUCCCGCGGGGAACCCUGGCGAGCACGGCAAGAGCCACAAAACGCUGGGGGACACUCUCAGCAAAGUGGCCGAAUAUUUGCAACGCGGAGGUUCGAGACUGGCCGAGCAGCAACGUCGCCUUAAGAGUCAGAUAUGGAGUUCCGUGGUUACUAUCGUCCUGGUUGAAGGCAAAGAGCUCCUUCCUAUGGAUCCUGACGGCACUUCGGAUCCCUAUGUGAAAUUCAGGCUUGGCAAUGAGAAAUACAAGAGCAAGGUGGAGAUGCACACGCUAACUCCGAAGUGGCUGGAGCAAUUUGAUUUCCACCUUUUUGAGGAUCAGAGCCAGCUCUUGGAACUGACUGUGUGGGAUAAAGAUGUUCGGAGUAAAGACGAUUUCAUGGGAAGAUGCACGCUGGACUUGACACAGUACGAGCGUGAGAAGACCCACCACAUUUGGGCAGAAUUAGAAAAGGGAGCCGGCUCCAUAUUCCUCCUCCUCACAAUUUCUGGAACGACUUCUUCUGAAACCAUAUCAGACCUUCAUUCAUACCAGGAGAAUCCCAGAGAAUUGGAUAAUGUUUCCAAGAGAUAUGCCUUAACAAGAUCUCUUCACAACCUGAAAGACAUUGGUCACCUGCGGGUCAAGGUGUAUCGGGCGCAGGGCUUGGCAGCAGCAGACAUAGGCGGCAAAAGUGACCCAUUUUGUGUCUUGGAACUUUGCAAUGCGAGACUUCAGACACAGACUGAGUACAAGACACUCUCCCCCACAUGGAAUAAGAUUUUCACCUUCAAUGUUAAAGAUAUCCAUAAUGUUUUGGAUGUCACAGUCUAUGAUGAAGACAGAGACCACAAGGUUGAGUUUCUAGGGAAAGUCGUCAUUCCUUUACUUCGGAUGAAGAAUGGCGAGAAGAAAUGGUAUCCGUUGAAGGAUAAAAAGCUACGUGCUCGUGCAAAGGGGAAUAAUCCGGAGAUUCUGCUAGAGUGUUCUGUUGAAUGGAAUCCAGUCCGUGCUGCCAUCCGAACUUUCACUCCAAGAGAGGAGAAGUACAUGCAGACGGAACAGAAAUUCAAGCGCCAAGUAUUUAUCAAAAAUGUCAAUCGCCUUAAGUCUUCCAUCAUGGAUUUCUAUGAGUUAGGGAAAUUUAUCAAAUCAUGCUGGGAGUGGGAAUCACCUGUUCGGAGCAUCAUAGCAUUCAUAUUAUUCAUGGUCAUAACAUACUACUUCGAGGUCUACAUGCUGCCAAUCCUCCUGCUUAUGCUCUUCCUCAGAAACUACAUUGUAAUCUCUAUAGUUGGUAGUAUGCAUCGAGAAGAAGAGAGUGAACUGUCUGGAGAUGAGGAGGAAGUUGAUGAUGAUGAUAAGGAUAAGCAUGACACAUCGAUUAUCACCCUUUUCAUAUAUACCUGGCUGUUUUUCCAGAAUAUGAGCGUAGAGGUAAGAAAAACAGAGAGUCGUAAGGAAUGUGGAAUUAAUGCAUCCCCUAAUGACCUCAAAAGUAAGGAAGAGAAGAAAACUCUCAAGGAAAGAUUGCAAGUUAUACAAGAGGUUACUCAAACAGUUCAAAAUGCCAUAGGUUAUAUUGCUUCCAUCUUUGAAAGCUGCAAAAACACAUUCAACUUUUCGGUGCCAUUCUUGUCGUGGUUGCUGAUCAUGGUGUUGAUGGUGGGCUCAGUAGUUCUCUACUAUAUUCCUGUUCGUUACCUUGUUAUGAUGUGGGGCGUCAACAAGUUUUCCCGCAAACUGUUACGUCCACACUCUAUGGUUAACAACGAGGUUUUAGACUUCCUCUCUAGAGUGCCAGAUGAUGAAUUAUUGGUAAGAGUCCAAGAGGAGUCCAUUGUUAACGUUUUCAACUCUGAAAUGUUUUUGCAUGGUGGAAGUAAGAGUUAAUUUUCGGGAUUGCCGUGAGUUACGCCCAAUACCUCAAAGUCACGACGAGAAGAGAAGAGACCAGAGGAAAAAGAAGGUGGCGUAGUUCCCUGUAUCAGGGACAGAGGAUAUAUAAAGUACUUUUUUUCAGGAAAGUAAAAACAAAAGUUGUGGCGUAUCUUCACCACAGAGAUGCUGGUUUUCUCUUGAAGUAAAAUGAAUGAAUAAUCAAAUAUCAAGAUGAUUGAAAGCAGUGACAAUUCCUUUCACUUUAGCGACCCUUUAAAUAUCUAGGACACUGUUCAAAUAUCAUUACAUACUAGAUAGAGCAAAUGAUGUGAGAGAUUUUUAAAAAUCAAAUUAGUCAUGGCAGUAGCUGAAUCAUGUAGGGAAAGCAUUUAAUCACAGCAUCAUCAUGUUGAGACAUAGAGCUGGAAUAUUUCCAGAGCAACUGCCAGAUCUGUUAGAAAACUAGGUCUUUUUUCAAGAAUUACAGCUAUUGUGUACAAGAGAAUUUCUAGGCUAGAAUCCAAACAUUCUUAUAGAAUCUGUUGUCAUCAGCAUGAAAAGAAUCCAAGGCAUGUGCAUUUGUAUGAUUGUAUUUAAACUGUUGUUGUUGUUGUUGUUGAGAGUCUUUCAUACGUCUUUGUAUUGCCAUUUUCGUAAAAGUUUUUGCAGAGAUUUGUAGGAAAUAAUUUUACAGUGACAAUUGAAUGAUACUUAAUUGUGAAGAAAACUAUUGACUGAUUUUCUCUCAACUUAUGUAUUUUCAGUGUCUGCAUAAUAUGCAUAUCUUGUUAUUCAAAUUUCAUGAAUAAUAUAUCAACUUUAAGCAUGAUAAGCAGCAUAAGUCCCAUAUUGAAAUAUACCUUGGAUUUCUCUCUAGUUUAAAACUUGUUGCCAGGUACAUGGGGAACUAGUCUGUAAAUAAGCCAUUUGUAAAGAUUUUAGAAGUAGAUUUCAUUACAUUUAAUUUUUUUGUUUCCAUUUUUUUAGAGGAUUAAGAAGUAUCGUUUUUUAUACAUUUUGAGGGAUUGAAAUUACCCCAAAGGUGUCCCUCUCUCCUAAGAUAAUUCUGACAAAUAAUUAUCCCCACAAAUCAACUCUUGAAACUAUUAAUUAUUAUUACAGGUAGAUGUGAGGGGGGGCUCAUAUGUAUGUAAAUGUCAGACAUAAAAAUACAAAUUUACACAUGCACAAAAAAAGGAUUUUUGGUGAUUCUACAUAGAAGCAGAGCACAUUUUACUGACUUGUUGAAUCUGCCGGUUUUAAUUACUAUAUUUUAUGUAUAUAUGUAUACACUUUGCCCCCAAGUGGUGCUCUUAUAUUAUUCACAUUCCUAGCCAUUGAUCAUAUUUUGUUCUGUCAAUAAAUGUGUUGCCCUAAUUUUGUAUCGAAAUUGCUUACACUAAUUAUCAUCCAGACAUCCACACAAUUUGAGAGUUAAAGAGCUUCUGUCUCGUGCAGUGUCCUUGUGCAGCAAAGAUUUACUACAUAUUUCCUCCUGUUUUAAAAGAAAUUUCUGUAUGUAAGGCAUAAUGCACAGAUAUGCACAGCGUAUACCCAAGAAGUUUUGGACGGUGUUGUGGAAUUAUGAAUAAUAGCACAUGGUCUGUUAAUACCUAACGGUGUCUGAUGGUUUACACACGUGGGAAAGGAUAUUUGACUUUUGUUUUAUAAUAAAUUAAACACUUAGCCAACACAUGUGGCAAACUAAUCUAAUCACCAGUAUUUUAUCUUGUAAAUUAUGUGUAGGUAUAAGGAAUACCAUGUGAUUGAACAAAUAGGGUAUAACAAACAGUAAAAGAGCACAGUUGCAUCCAAAUACAGCAUUUACAUGUUAGUGUAUUUGUUUGACUGAUCUAGUCAGUGUAAAAUAUUAUUUUCAUACUACAGUGUGGUUUAAGUUACAGUAUUUAUAGUCACUAUCCUAUGGCAUUGUUUUUAUCGAAGUUGGGUUUAGUGUACUAUUGAUUGAAAACAAGAGUUGGAUAAAAGAUAUCUGAGUAUCAUAUCCAGCAUCAGAAACCUUGUUAGUAACUCUGGUGAGGGGAUUGCGUGUUAUAGCAUAAUCUUUUUUAUAAUAAAAUUUCAGUGUUGUCAGUUUGACAUAUUUACCUGUGAUACACAAGGUUGUUAGGGCUUCAGGUGCAUUUCUUUUCAUAUUUAUCAGUAAAAUAUAAAACUUGAAAUUCUGUAUAGUUUUGGUAAAGUGAAAGCCCAUUAUUGACCAAGAAAAAUAUGAAAUAAGUGAUAAGUUUUCAGUUACAAACUUGAAUUUCUUCCCAGAGUAAAAUGUAUAUUGACCUGUGACUAGUAAUGAGUAAUAUCCUACUCUUAUAGCUAGAUAAUGGAUUUAAUAAAGAUAGUUCAUAUUUUUACUUUCACACUGUAAAUUCAGGUAAAAAGUGGCCCCAUGUUUAGUAAAAUGCAUUAAUACUUCUUUAAAGAAAGAUUUGUUUAGAGAGAUUCAGUUUGUAACUGGAAAUAAUAUUGUUGGUUUGAUCUGAUAUUUCAGUUAGAAUUUCAAAUUAUCUGUAUGGAACUUUCUCAUUUGUACAUGAUAUAUAUAUCUAUUCCGCCAAAUGAUUAGGUGUGAUAGUUUAUUUUCCGCGUUAAAAUGAAAGCAAAAGGCAUGAAACGAAAGGGUUUGUCUACUUCUACAGUAGGAGCUUGUGAUUUGUGAAGUAAGAGAAGAGAUGAUAUGGUUCAUAUAAAGGUGGCAGUAUUGUAAAAUAAAGUGAAGGAUUAUAACUGUGGCAUUAAAUUAAAUUGUAUGUUUUUUGUAAACUCUACAUGCUUAACAAAAAUAUUUGCAUAACAUGAUAUAGUAAAAACCGUAAACUGAUGUGAAGUCCCGGUGGAAAAAAAAAGUAUUCAGUGAGAAAAAACAAAUUGUAUAUUCAAUAACUAAUGCUCUUCCUAUUUAUUAAAUUGCCAUAGGGUUAGAAAUUUUAUCAAUAUAUGUACAAGCAUUUUGAAGAGCUAAGGUACUUCACUGAAAAUGCUAUGUCUCUAUAUGGGUAUCAUAUUCCAACAAUUCUAUAAUACAGUCAGGCCCUCUGUUUUCUCUCUUCCUUCCUUAGUAUCCAUGGGCUUGUGAGCUUCAUAAUACGGAAAAUAAAAUACAAGCAAAAAUAACGUAAAUUGACCACCCACCAUACACUGAACUCUAAAAAGUGUCAUAAAAGGAUCUUUCUUGAGACUGAUGAAUAAAUAUUAUUGAAAAUUAUUGGGAAGCAUUGAAGUGCAACUAACAACCCAUGGAUUACUCUUGUGCAUGACUUCCUCCACUGUGUUGUCCUCACUCCAUCCAUGCGGUGAUAUGAUACGUGUUUGUCUGUUCGUUAACACCGAUACCAAUUGGUGCCACUGAUAAUAAACAGUUGUUUCAUGUUCUAUUUGAUUAUCUUAAACUUUAAAUAAAUAUCUUUUAUAUG